UCAUUGAAUAUCAGUAUUAAUGUCACUGAGUUAUGUGAAAGAGAGUAUCCCAAUAGUAUAACUAUUGUCAUACUGAAUAUUAAUAAUGAGAUACAAGAUAGUGCCAGCACACUGCCAACACAAGUUAAUGGUCAACUGAUGAUUACUGGAGUAAUAACUGUACCUAAUAAUUUAAAUACAUUUACUGUUAAUGUAUCACUGAGUAAUAAUGGAGGAGAAUUUCCACUUACACCUUCUUUUGUAUUUGGUAUCAUUGGUCCAGUUACUGACAUUGACUCUUCAAUUGACAACUGUUCUACUAUUGAUAUAACAUGGACUGCUCCUACAGUUGAUGAUAGAGUAUCUAUACUGUACUAUAAUCUCAGUAUACAUGAUGACAUAACUGAUCAGUUCUUAAGGAGUGUAUCAGUAUAUGAUACCAGUUAUCAGUUUGUGGAUAAUAAUUUAUUUAUUCAUUGUUAUACAUAUGUUAUAACUGGAGCUAAUGAAUUAGGAGAAGGAAUAUCUAAUAAUGAUACAUUCUCAUAUCAAAGAGGUACAUACACUUUCUUCAUGUUAAUAUGUUUAUUAAUCUUCCAUAGUACCUAGAGCUGUACAGAACA